AUGGGAGCAAAACACAGCAAAAGCGACCCUUUACCAGAACAGAUUAAGAAUGAAGAGCCGAAAGCUGUAGAAAAAGUUGAAGAGCAGCAAUCUAAAGUUGUUACUAGAGAUAUUCGAAGUCAAUACCUUACAAGAAUUGGUUUAGGCCAAGCAGGUGAAGUUCUUCGAAAAUAUCAAGGAAUGACUGCUCGAGAUUUUAAAGUCCCUCAAUCACUAGGGAAUCAAAUUCCUCCUGACAAAGAAGAUGAGAAAUCCUCAAUGCCCUCUAAUGAACUUUCUGAAAAAAUCGCAUCUAAUGACUACUAUAAUUUGAGCUUUAUUCAAGUUAAAACUGCUGAUGAUAUUCGCAGACAAUUUCUGCAAAGAAUGAGUAAGGAAGGGGUAUGGCUUCCUCCAAGCCAAAGGCCUCCUAAAUCUCAAUCCAUAAUUAUAUUUGACUGAGACGAUACCUUACUUUGCACAACCUAUCUUAAUUCUAGGGAAGAUGCUAUGAAUAUAACUUCUAAAGUAGUCAAAUCACAAUUAAAAACUUUGGAAGACUCUAUUAUAAGGCUGCUAACCCUUGCGCUAAGCUUAGGGAACACGUAUAUUAUUACAAAUGCAAUGAAAGGAUGGGUUGAGUAUUCUUCAGGUCUGUGAAUCCCUGGCGUACUUACUAUGCUAGAACAAAUCACCGUUAUUUCAGCAAGAAGCGAAUAUGAACAUAAAUAUCCAGACAAUUACCAUCAGUGGAAAAUUGAAGCAUUCAUGGAAAUGACAAAACUGUUUGAUACUGGAACAAUUACAAAUUUAAUUUGCUUACUCCCCUCUUUGUGAGAGAGCAAAACAAUUGGAAAAUCCCUAUUUUCCGUUAGCGAAAAAAAAAUUUGAUAUAUAAGUGAUAAUUAUUAUAACGAAAUCUGUAGUUAAUUCUGCUUAAUUUUUAAUCAGCUUGCUUUUUAAAACAUAAAUUUUACAAAAAUAAAUAAAAUAUUUACUUUCCAAUUUUUGCGAAUUGGAAUUUUUUUUAAAAUUUCGAAGAAAAACAAUUGAAUAUAAAAUUUAUAUAUUAUUAUUAUUAAUCUAUCUAUCGCUGCAUGAGCAGCAUUUCUCUCUUUUUCUCAUAAUCGAAUAAAUAAAUCUUUUUAUUUCCAUAUCAACAUCUUCAAAUUUCUCCUUAUAUUUUUUAUUCAUCAGCUCUACAAAUCUAUUUGAAUAAAGUGCAAUUUCAUGCACUUUCAAUCUCUCCUCAAUUAUUCCUUCAAUUACUCCAAUAUUAUCUAAUUUCAUAAAAAAUUCCACCCUGUAUGAUUCAUAUAGAUAACAAUCAUCCAUAAGAUGAAUUUCAUCUUCCUCAAUCCAUCCACAUAUCCUACAUUUUCUAUCAUGAUCUAAGUGCCUUAUGUUUCGAGAGCUUGCAGUUUCAUUAAAUCCUGCCCUGAGUCUAAAGAUCUGAGCUAUUUCAAAUCCUCUAUGAGAGUUCAUGUAGAUAUAUGGGCUCCUUUCAAUUUUAUCUUUUCCAUCAUUCAGCUUCACAAAGAGCCUUGUAGUCUUCUGCACCUCCUUCUCAAUUCUCCCCGCAUAAUGAUUUCAUGCAAACUUCCUCAUCUCUUCCUUUAUUACUUUCUUUGCUUCCUUUGGGCUUCCAAUUCUAUUCUGGACUAAUUGUAUUGCUUCUGCCUCAUCUAGUUCAUGAUUUGCUCCAAGUCAAGUUCAUACGCUUAUUAAGUAAGUAUGCUUCACCCAACAUUGUUCCUUUAUUUUUGCUUCCCUCUCCAGCUUAACUCCAUAUCUGAGUAUUUUUAUUGCCAACUGCAUCUCUAUGCUUAAAAUACCUGUCUCCAUGUAAAGGGUCUCAUUUGCCACACCCUGUGGAGCUGAAAGCACCAUUCUGAUUCAUCUCCUCUGCAUAACUUCCAGCUGAUUCAUCAACUUUUCCGAGCCCUCCUUCAUCCCUGUUGCCUCUAGCCCAUAUAGCCCUACAGUGUUGACGCAUGCCCUCAGUAUUGUUAGUUUCUUCCUUAUUUGUAUGCCUUUUAAAGCUUGAACCCUGCCACGAGUCGCACACAUUGCAGUUCUCAUUUCCCUAACCCUUUCCUCAAGAUGCUUGGAGUUUCUAGCCCUUUUUCCAUUAUUAUAAAUCCAAGAUAUCUAUAGCUUUGUGUUUCCUGCAUAGUCACUCCUUCAAUCUUUGCAUCCAUUUCACUUUCGAUUUACCAAAUACAACUAUUUCCGAUUUAUCCUGGUUUAUUUUAAUGCAAUAUUUCUUGGCUCAGUUAUCUGCAAUAUCAAUUAGUUUCCUCAACAUGCCUGCAUUCUCAGCAAUUAGAACUAUAUCAUCAGCAUAAAGUAAAAUUCCAACUCUUCUUCCCUCUCCAAUUUGCACACCUAAUCCAAUAUCAUCAAUUUCAUUAGGAAAGAAAUUGAAACAUACUGGAGAUGAGCAGCCGCCUUGCCUCACACCUCUCUUGAUUUUCAUUGGCCCAUAGAGCUCACCAUUCAUGACCACCAUACUCUCUUCUUCAUCCAUCAUCGCUGCAGCUAUCGCAAUCAAUUUUCUAUCUACCCCUCUGCUUACCAUAGUCUCAAUCAAAAUAUUCCUAUCAAUAGAAUCAAAAGCUUUUCUCAAGUCCAAAAACGCACAAUAAGUAUCUUUUGCCUCUUUCCUUCUGCUUUCAAUUAUAGUCUCCAAAAUAAAAAUUUGAUCAAUACAGCACCUGUCCCUGGUAAACCCUCCUUGAGAUUGGUGCAUGAUAUUUUUAUUUAGUAUGUCUUGUGUUAGCCUGCUGGUAAAGACUUUAUCAAAGAGCUUAAAAACUGAAUUCACAACAGUUAUCGGCCGUAAAUUUUGGGGUCUAACAUCUCCUUCGCACUUAGGUAUCAGAAAAACUUUCGCUUGUUUCAUAUAUGCAGGUAUCUCUUCUUCUUUUCACAUUUUCAUAAUGAGCUCAAUAAUCCUCUCCUUCACCAUAUGCCCACCAUAUUUGAGCAAUUCCCCUGCAAUCUCGUCUGGACCAACAGCUUUCCCAUUCUUUAUUCACCUUAACUCCUUUUCUACUUCACCUUCAAUUACUUCAUGGUAGGAUACUCCACUUAACUUGGGCUUUCUGAGCAUAGAGCCAUCAUACAUACAACUCCAUCAUGCUAAGACAUCCUCAAUUUCUUUCUGCUGAAAAUAAGUGGCCCUGCUGUUAUUUCUAGCUUUGAGCCUUUUCAUAAGUUUUCAAGUAUCAUUUAUGCUCAAUAUUGAUCUUUCUGCAAUCUCCCCUAGUCAGGUCUGCUUUCUCUCCCUGUCCAGUAAUUCCACAAAAUUUAUUAUGGGCAAUUUUGUGAUUUCGAUAAUAUUCCAAAUACCCAUCCAUAUCUCCUCUUCUAAUGCAAGCUCUUGCAGCUCCCAUCAACGACUUCGAUUCCUUCAAUCAGCUCCUUGUGUUAUCACUCAUCUUCCUGCUCUUGUUCUCAUUUUGCACUCUUCCCCCACCAAUCGCGCUUAUUGCUGAGCUCCGUAUCGCCAUCACCAACUUAGCAUGCAGAUCCUGUACUCCUUUUUCUCCCAUAUCUUUUCUCAAGUAUUCAAUCUGAAAAUAGUUUUCAUAUCUCCCUCUAGUCCUCUCAUCAGUCAUUAUCUUAUGCACGUUAAUUCUACUAUUCCCAUCGUUUUGCUGCCUAUUCUCAACUGCUUGAAUUGACAUCACAAUCCUAAUCGCAUUAUGAUCUGUACUCAGAGGAUAUUCUGCCGCCUCCGCCAUCGAAACCAUCUCCUUAAUCCUUUUGCUUACAAUAGCAUAGUCUAUACAUGUCGGCCGACCAUUCCUCCCCUUAAACGUAGGUUCUAUUAUAGGCAAUAUUUCAAGGUGCAUCUCUUCCACACAAUGCUUAGGAUCCUCUCUCCAUUUUUAUUGGUUUUAGUAGAUGAAAAAACCUUCAAUGUGUGCAUUCCAAUCUCCCACGAUUAUAAGACUUCUAUCCAUAACACUGAUUGCAGCAAUUUCUUCCGCCAUAUCAUCGAAAAAGCUAUCUCUCUUCGGAGCGCUCGCACAUUCCACCGGGGCGUAAGCUUCCAUGAUCAGUUUACCCUCAAUUUCUAUCAAAAUGCAUCUACCCUCAUCUUUCACAUGCUUAUUUUUUAUGAUCUUACAUUUCAUUCCUCUUUUCACCAGAAACCCCACACCGCAUUGACUCUCUGAGCAUCCAUUUCCAAAUCAUUGAUACCCUGCAACUACAACUCUACUAUUGCCUAUUGAAUCUAGAUGAGUUUCGCAUACUCCUAAGAUAUCAGCAUCUUCCUCUCUUAGCAUGUGCUCGAUCUCGUUCUGCUUGCCCUUUAAUCCACAUAUAUUCACAUGUCAUAUUUUGAGAUAUUUCUGUUCCUUGACCACAGCUCCUCAUUCUUUCAAGCAAAAAGCAUCUAUAUUCAGCUGCGCAUAAUUCUUACACAUCUUUACCCUCUUUUUAACUGGCUCAUUCCACUCAAGCUUCCUUUUCAAAAGACUGAUUCCCUAGCCCACUAGUUGUCAGCAUUCUUCUGCCAUUAUCACAUUCUUCGGCCAGAUCCAUAACCAAAAUUCUCUUCCUCUGCUCUAUCCCCAUGUAUUUUUCCUCAUUGUCUAUGCAUAAUGCGAAGCUAUAUUUUCCAAUUUCAUCAUAAGAUUCCUUAAGGCCCUUUUUACACUCUUCCCUAUCAUCUGUUCUUCAAAGUGCUCUGGAUUUCCAUAUAUCCCUUUACUCAUCUUGACUCUCAGGAUAUCACCAGUAAUAUCCAUGCCUGUAACGAUAUUCUCCAUUCCCGUUUCUACCCUACAAAAAUACAGCUGAGUUGUUCUGAACCUUUCUUGGACUAACUUUGCCUUCUCCACCUAUAUUAUCUCCAACCUCUUAAUUGCUUCCCUUACUUCAUUGCAGUUCUCUUCACGAUGCCCUGGAUUGCCACAAAGAUUACACUUAAAUAAGAAUGCAUGAGUCACGCAGCAUUUAUAUCCAAGAAUGUUCACAUGAUUCCCAAUUCUUCACAUCUCUUCUUCAUCUUUUAGCCAUACAUAAGCAAUCACAUCUCCAUUCGGCAAACCUGCUUCAAUUUCCAGCUUCACCUCCCAUGUCCACCACAUCUUCUCUAUUUGAGAUAUUGCUAGCUCAAGGGUAAAUUGUAGUCUACUUUGAUCCUGAGUCUGUAAUGUCUAUAAUCCUGCACCCCAUUAACAUAAUAGGUCGAUAUUUGAAAUAGGCUUCAUCAUUCCAUAGCCAUCUUCCUUUUUCUGCAAGAAUUUGUUGCUCAUCUUCUUUCGCUACCAGCAUGAUCAAAUUUUCUCCUCUAUCCCUUCAUUCCAGAACUUUCCCCUUGUAUAGAAAUCCUAAAUCCUCCUUUAAGCAUAACUUCAUAUCCUUAACCAGCUCUUUAUCAUUUCUAAACUCCGACUUCAAUGUAGCCAAAAACUCUGUCACGGCUAUUUCAAUACUUCCCAUCUCUAUAUAUCCAUGUCAUUCAAGAUUUCAAAAAUAGACCUUUUAGAUGAGCCCAGCAAGCUCCUAGACACCUCAUUUCUUAAAUUUACUGUUGCUAUAUUCUCUGUUUCUGCAAGCUGACCCACCUCCAUCCUCCUAAAUUUGCCGCCAACUUCACCUGCCCUUCUUCCAUUUUGCUUCAAAACCUCCUGCCCAUCACGUUGCCGAGGGGUCUCAAAAGGAUUCUUGAAUCUCUCUUCUCCAUUAGGUGGUAUUGAGUGAAUCUGAGAUGAAUUCACCUGUCUUUUCGCCGCAUAACUGAAAGCCAUUUUUUAAGAAAUAUAAUUUUUUAAAUAAAAUUUAUAUAUAAAUUCUUUUAAAAAAACAAUCUCUCCUUGAGCGAACAAAAUUUUUUUGUUUGCUCAUGGAGAGGGAGAGUUAGGAGACUCAAAUAUUGAGAUGGACGCUGCCCAUCAUUUGGUACAGUAAUAUUAAAGCAGGUGCUAUCAAAAUGCGUGCAUAAAAACAAUCAAGUUUAGGGAUGGCCCGAAUCCGGAAGAGCUUGUAAAGCAGUUAGAGCUUGUUACAGAUAAGUUUGAAAAAAUCUGCACGAGUGGGAAGAACUUGACGAUUAGGCUUGAGCGGUAAAAAAUAUAUAGAAAGCCCUCACCAAGAUAA